AUGUCAGCGGGAAUUCUGAGGGCAUCGGCGAUUGAAUGGUUUAAAAAAACUUAUACAUAUCUCAGAAUGGAAUUACGUAAUAAUGAUAUUUUCCCAAAGAUUUCAAUAGGAAAUCUCAACGGAUGA